GAGGCGCGGCGCUUGUCCCGCCGCCCGCUGUCGGACGCGCCGCCGCGCUGCAAACCGCCCAUCGGCAUCCUUCCGCGCCGAGCUUCCUGCUUUCUCUCUCUCUGCUCUCUCUCUGUGCUGCGCUUUCGCGCUUUCAUUCCUCCGCGGCUACGGUAUUUCCGAAACUCUAUUGCUCGUUGACUCGCCUCGCCCGCGGCAAUGCUCCGACACCGCACGACCACUUCACUACUCCUCGCGUCAGUGCUUCGUCGGUGUCAUCGAGACAAUAAUGGCUAUCGGUGAUAUUCCAUAGAACAUGUCAUCUUCCUCUCUGGGCCAUGUCGACUACAACAUCAAUGGCUCAUCAGAAAAGAGGAAAGACGCGAGUCCCAGCGCCACCACCGCCUCCGACAUCGACCACGUUCGCCCAGGCUCAUCCGAGGAAUUCGAGGUCGAAGUCGUGGGUGUUGAGAAGACCGAUGUGGCCUCGACAAAGUCCAAGCGGCCUGCUUUGAGCCGAGUGAGCUCUCGCCUGACCACCCAUUCCCUCCGCGAUCCAGGUCCGCCGCCGGAUGGUGGCCUCAAGGCAUGGACUCAGGUUGCCGCGGGCUGGCUCGCAAUAUUGGUGACUUGGGGCUGGGUCAAUUGCUUUGGUGUCUUCCAGACAUACUAUACGAUACACCUCCCUCAAACCCCGUCGGAGAUAUCAUGGAUCGGGACGACACAGUCUUUCUUCACCUUCUGCAUCGGCGCAUUCUCCGGCCGACUCCUUGACGCCGGAUAUUUCUACCCCACCAUCAUAGCCGGAAGCGUCCUUCAAUUGCUCGGCAUGUUUCUCAUGAGCAUCAGCACGAAAUACUGGCAGCUCAUCCUAACCCAAGGAGUGCUAACUGGCGUGGGCGGCGGCAUCAUCUUCACUCCCUGCAUGGGCAUCAUGGCCACCUACUUUUCCAAGCGGCGCGCCCUGGCCCUCGGCAUUGCUUCCACAGGCAACUCGGCCGGCGGUCUCGUCUACCCCGUUGUCGUUCGUGAACUGAUUCCCCAGCUGGGCUUCGCGUGGACCACGCGCAUCUUAGGUUUCAUCAACCUCGCCGCCCUAUGCAUCGUCGUUGCAUUCAUCCGCCCCCGUUUGCCGCCGCACAAAUCCGGUCCCAUGGUCGACUGGUCUGCAUUCACAGAACUUCCCUACGUCCUUUACUGCAUCGCCGUCUUCAAUUUAACCUGGAACGUCAACUUCACCCUAUACUACGUCUCCUCCUUCGGCGACGAAAUCGUUCACAUGGCCUUCAAAUCCUCCGCCGUCCUCCUCAUUAUAGUGAACGGCAUCGGCGUCCCCGCCCGCAUCCUCCCCGCCUUCCUCGGCGACAAACUAGGCCAACUCAACACCAUCACCCCGCUAGCCAUCGGCCUCGCCCUCGUCUCCUGGUGCUGGCUCGGCGUCACCAGCGCCACCGGCCUCUACGUCUGGACCUGCUUCUACGGCAUCAUGGCCGCCGCCGUGCAGUGUCUCGUGCCCGCCACGGCCGUCAGCCUCACGAAGAAUAUGAACGUUAUCGGCAGUCGGCUGGGGAUUAUGUUUAGCUUUAUGGGGCUGGGCGCUUUUACCGGCCCGCCGAUUGGGGGCGCGAUUAUUAGCGCCAGGCCGACGAAGGCGUCGUAUGUUGCUGCGCAGUGCUGGGCUGCUGCUGCUAUCACUUUGUGUGCGGCGAUUUUGGUGGUGACGAGGAUGACCAGGGCGAGGGGGAAGAUAAAGAUCAAGGUUUAGAGUGGUUCAUAGAUUUACGAGAAAUGCAUGAUCAUGUGUGAAUGAG